UCGAUGAACACCACGUGAAAAAAUAUACGAUAAUCUAACAGAGUGUAUAAGUUUGAAAGUUAAUCAAAAAAAUCCGAUUCAUAGUUAUCCUGUCGCAGCAUAAAAAUUUCAAACACAUCACAACAGUGAAAAUGGCAAUCGUUCCUAUGUUGUUUCGUGACUGGUUGGAUGACUUGGAAGACAGUCUUCGUCCAUCCUUAUUCUUAAACAAAUGGAAACCCACAAACGAUCUUACGCCAGAGGAUAUUCUACUCGCGCUGGACAGAAUCCCGAGACCUCACAGAUGCAAACGCUCUUGGCGCCAAUCUGAGUCCGAAUGUCAAGACGAGUUGGAUGGAGUAGUCUCGAAGAAAUCCAACGGGGAUUUUCAAAUCAACGUAAACGUUGAGCAGUUUGAACCAGAAGAAUUAUCAGUGAAAGCAACGGGAAAGCAUCUUACUGUGGAAGGUAAACACGAGGAAAAGGAUGACCAAGAUGGAUAUGUGUUGAGGCAUUUUGUUCAUCGGUACCAAUUGCCCGAAGGACACGAUAAUGAGAAAAUAUCUUCAACAUUGUCGUCCGAUGGAGUUUUGACUAUCAGUGCACCAAAGCUUGCUCUUCCGGGGCCGGAUCAGAAGAUUUCCAUUCCAGUACAAAAGGAGUUGCAUGCAAAGGAGAGUACAGUAAAACAGAAAUCUAAAAGUAAGAAAAGGUCCCAUAAGAAGCAUUAGAAGAAGGAUUUUACUUUGUAUGUAGCUGACAAAUGCCAUAAUAAUUCAUUGUAAGGAUCAAAUAAAUUUAUGGUUAAGCAUACUUGUACCAAGUCUCAUUAUAUUGAGCUCAUCCGAAAUUUCCAUGUUCUCUAAA